UUAUGUUAACAGGUUGGCGGAGUGAUCUAAUAAUGGUUGGGACCAGGGAUAGAGAAAGGACAGCUGAUAACAGACGCGAAGCAGAUCCACGACAACAGUAGCUAGCUGUACAAUCAUGUACAGUCUCUCCGAAACAAAAGCCAAGACGUCCGGAAACAUGGAGAGAAAAAGUCCGCCUGCGAAGCGCUUCCUGAACAAGCCCCAGAUAAUCCGCUGUCUUGGGAGCAAUGGUCCCACAGAUGUGCAAGCCGUCCACUCCCGAACUGGACGCUCGCUCAUGAACAAAGUCCAGCGCAACGGACACAAGCAUCUGAAUGACGGCAGCCAUCAAAUCAAGGCCAAGCCUGACUUGAACACAGCACUACCAGUUCGACAGACAGCAUCCAUCUUUAAACAACCAGUAACCAAGGUCACAAAUCACCCCAACAACAAAGUAAAGACUGACCCCCAGAAAGCUAUGGACCAGCCAAAACAGCUGUUUUGGGAGAGGAAGUUGAGUGGUUUGAGUGCAUUUGAUAUUGCAGAAGAGCUGGUGAAAACCAUGGAUCUUCCCAAGGGCUUACAGGGUGUUGGACCUGUGUGUUCAGACAAAACCCUGCUCUCUGCCAUCGCCAGUGCCCUGCACACUAGCCCCACGCCCGUCACAGGGCAGCUUGCCGCUGCAGUGGAGAAGAACCCCGGAGUCUGGCUCAACACAACGCAGCCUCUGUGCAAGGCCUUCAUGGUGACCGAUGACGAUAUCAGGAAACAGGAGGACCUGGUGCAUAAUGUGAGGAGGAGGCUGGAGGAAGCCCUCAUGGCUGACAUGUUGGCUCAUAUAGAGGACACGGCUACAGACGCUGUGGCUAACGCACCGGAAGAGAAGCCAGAGCAGGUGGACACGGACAACUUAUAGCCAAGGCUUGUUGGAUGAAAGGGAGUCUGCUGGUGCAUGGUAUCCCCUCCUCUCGUACAAAGAACUUUUUUUUUUUUUUUUUUUUUCAAAUGAUUGGCUUCAUUGUGAAAAUUGUCCUCAAGCUCUUGUAACUCAAGUGGACCUCAGAUGCAGGGAAUCUGCAAAUUUGCAACCUAAAGAAAACAGAAAUUGGUUCUAGAGAAAAAAAAAAGGUUUGUUUUCUUUUCUUUUUGUUUUUUUUUUUCUCUGGCAAUUCUGAAAUGGUGCUUUUUAUUUGUUCUCAUUUUUACCUCUACUCAUGUUUAACAGUUAUAGAUGGUGCUUUACUCAAUGCAGUUUUGAUAACUUUCUAGUUAACAUGUUCAGCAUUGAAACACAAACCUGGUGUAUGUGAAUGAGAAGAGUGCCUUUGCUCUGUGUGUGUGUGUGUGUGUGUGUGUGUGUGUGUGUGUGUGUGUGUGUGUGUGUGUGUGUGUGUAAAUGUUUAAGUGUUUCAGUUCAAGCUGAGGAGACCCUCUCAGCAUGUUCUUUUUAAAGGUUCUGCCAGAGCACAUUGUUGUAUAAUGUUCUUCUUCUUCUUCUUUUUUUUUUUUUUUAUAACAGUCCUCAGUUGUAUCCUACUCUGGUAAUAUAGGCAGUAUGGCAUGCCUUUAAUCUUAAGGGGUAUGUUUACAUGCACACAAAAUUCUAGUUAUCAUAAAUUAUAAAAGAAAGUUGUUAACUUGACUAAAUGUUUUCAUACUUGUAUGAUUUCUAUGAAUAACUUGAAUUGAUGUGGAUUUAAAAGUAUUACUCCUGCUAUUUGUAUUGGCAAUAUACAGUAAUUGUCAGUAUUGUUUUGGGGGGUUAUUUUGCAGAGUAAGUGCAAACUUAACCACAUUUGAGUUUAGAAUACAGACAGUACCAGAAAAACGUUUCUACCUUGAGAAAAUAUUGGACAGUAAUGAUGCUGAUGUGCCCUUGAUUUACCUCAUUUCCAAGGUGUGUUGUAAGUACAUGUGUCUAUACCACUUUAUUGUCAUUAUUAAAUAAAUGCAGCUCUUUUGUAAAUGGU